AUGUCGAAUAGCAAAACUGAACUCUUUCAGGAUUUGAAUGUCCCCAAAGAGUUGAGGCAGCCCAAACAAGGAUCAGUUGCCAAUACGAAGGUUAGGAUGAUUCUCGACACCUUUAAUGGAAGGCUACUUGAGUUGUCAUUCCGUCCUAUUGUCAUACCUCUACGAUUGGUAUUUUCUGGCACUUUUAUGUAUCCUCUUUUAGGAGUCACUUACUUUAUCAGCCAUCCUGUUCUAUGGUCAUAUCUAUUCUCGUUGAUACUCCCUCAGUUGAUUAUGACAUUUAUCGUUUAUGUCAUAGUUUUCAUAGCCAUUUAUCCAUUGCAAGCCGUCUUUUCAUUUUUCUUCAAUGGGCCAAUUGGUUUGAUAACGGCCAUAUUUGCUGUUCUACAAAUAGGAGCAUUGAUAUCCAACUGGAUGGUUACGUGGCUUAUUUUACCAGUGCCUUUGAACAUGAUGUUUGAUGCAAUACUCACAAAUGAAGGAUUGGAUGAAAUAGUACUGAGGGGCAAACUUCGUCGGAUAGUGAGACCAAGUUUCCCUGUCAGAGUCCGUAAAGCCAUCUGGACAGUGCCCAUUCAAAUAUUGUUUCCCAUAUGGCUAUACAGGUCUUUGUUGAUAGUCGGACUGAAUUUUAUACCAGUCAUAGGUCCCAUAUUGGUCGUAAUUAUCCAGGCGCCCUCCAAGGGUUAUAAAUCUCACCAAAGAUAUUUUGACUUGAAGGGAUUAGACACGAGACAGAUCAAUGCAGUUAUCAGAAGCAAAAAAGGUGAGUAUCUAGGGUUCGGAUUAGUAGCAGGGUUACUGGAAACGAUACCAUUUCUGAGUAUGUUUUUCAUCUUUUCUAAUAUGACAGGAGCAUCAUUAUGGGCAGUUAGCUUGGAAAAUCGUAUAGCCAAGGAACAAUAUAUUGGGAAUACAAGAGCACUGGGGAAGGCUAGAGGGAGAGCUUUAAUCAAUGCAAUCGAUUAG